AUGGCCGAUUUCCGGGUCGCAGACGGCGAGCUUGACAGGCAGAGAAUCGGUGUUGCGAUCGCGUUUUGCGGAUUUUUUGCACGGCGCAAUGCGGUCAUACUUUUUGGGAUUUUUUGUUCGGCGCGGCGCAUUCGCACCGGCAAUCAGUCUAUCGAAAUUUUCGCGGGUUUCGGUAACGCGGAGUGUGUGAAAAUGCGAGUGCGCGGACUUUUCCUGCCCAUCGCUAAAAGCGUGGUUCCAAAGGGAUUAUCCACCACCACCCGCACCAGCAUCGUCUGUCAGGAGUGUUCUCUUUGCCACAAAUUAAAAGCGGCACCGCGCCAACGAUUACUUCACACGUCAUUCGAUUUGACAUUCGAUUUGAUGGCAUCUGUCGCCGACAACAAUCAGCAGCAACAAAAACCAGUGUGCCGCUGGAGCACCAUCGUCGUCAUCAUCAUCGUCGUCAUCAUCAGCAACGCCAUCACCAUCACCACCAUCAGCAUCAACAUCAACAUCUUCUCGAGCGACACACAUCUGAAUGGGCGCGUGGGCGUAUACGCGAUAUCACCACUUCGUAUUGAAUAGGCCCAGCUAUUAAUUGGUUCAUCACAGCGCCCCGUCGCGGUAAGUGGAGCAUAAAAUGUGCAGAUCGAACGGCAAUCACUACUAGUAAUAGCGACGACGGAAAUCAGAUUGAAGAGCUGAGCUGCGCCAAGUGAAGUGGGCUGUCGAGGAGGGCGCGGGCGGAUGGAGGGCGGAAUAGUGACAACAUCAUUUACGUGUAGUUUACACUUCUUCACCGCUGCUUCCGUUUUCCCUUGACUCCCUGCGCUCCCUCGGGGGCAGUGCUCAGUGCUCAGUGCUCCGGUUAAAUCCGCAUGCACUUGCCACAAACAUGACAGACUUCAAUCCCCCCACCCCU